AUGGGUCUCUUUAGCUCCCUCAAGGGUAAACGUGACGUUGGUGUUGAUGAUCCAACGAAGCAACCCAUCCGAGACAAUUCUUCGUCUCACGACGGCUGGUCUGCCACGCAAGAGAAGCGUCGUUUAUUCGGUGGAGGAUCCAAAGCACAAUCUUCCACAGACGACCAGCAGUACACACCACCGUCCGGUCCACCACCAUCACAACGCACCGAUGGAAAGGGAAAGCACGCCGAGGACUUUGCUCCUCCUCCGGGACCUCCCCCAUCACACUCCAAGCAACACGAGCAAGACACAUACGCACCACCACCCGGUCCACCACCAUCACAGUCCGCAAACCCCCCACCAUACCACGACUGGACCGUGAUUCCGGACACAGCACUCCUCCCACCCCCGCCAGCACUACCACAGGACUACUCUCCAAGCAACAAUGCCAGCUACGAUUCGGCCGAGCGCGCACAUGCCUGGUGCGCCCAGAACCCAUCAUACACACCGUCGCUCCCGACCCCUGAGCUCCACGCCCUCGCGAACGCCGGCCACCUGAGUCUCGAAACGCCUCCACCACAACUGUGGCCUAGCUCGUCCACGAUCCGCAAGCUCUCACCCGCGAGCUACCGGAUCAAAACAUCCAAAACUUCACAGGACGCCAUCAUCCUCUCCAGCAUCCCACUCUACUUCGCCGCCAAGGACAACCCGCUACUGACGUCCGGCCCCAAGACGAUCUACUUCGAGAUCCGCAUUCUGAACAUCAGCAACGCCAACUCGGGCAUCGCCAUCGGCUACGCCGGCAAGCCGUACCCGAUGUGGCGGCUCCCCGGCUGGCACCGCGCGAGUGUCGGCGUGCACGGCGACGACGGGCGGCGGUUCGUGAACGAUCCGUGGGGCGGGCGGGAUUUCGUGUCCGAGUUCAAAGCCGGCGAGACGAUCGGGGUCGGCAUGACUUUUGGGACGGAGGAGUUGCGCACGCAGGGCCCAGAGGGGCGUGUCAAGACCAGAGUCUUUGUCACGAGGGGUGGCAAGAGGGCCGAGAGCGACGGCUGGGAUGUCGACGAGGAGCGCGAUGAGAGGGACGAAGGCGUCGACGGCCUGCAGGGCGAUGGUGACUUGUAUCUCGCGAUCGGGGUUUUCGGCGGCGUCGAGUUCGAGGUCAAUCUGGGGAGGGAGGGGUGGUUGUGGAGGCCGCGUGACUGA